GGGGGCUUGCAGGGGCGCCAGGCGCGCGGGGGUUGAUGGGGCCGCUGCAGUAUGUGGCUGUGGAGGAGCCGCCGCCGCCGCCUCGUGGGAAGGACAGCGAGUUCCUAGUGGUGCCGCCGCCGGGCCUGACGGAGCAGGGAAGCGGGAAGAACGCCGACAUGUUCCGAAACGAACGGACGAGGUUCAUCGUCUGCUUCCUGGGAGUCUUCGUCUGUUACUUUUAUUACGGCAUCCUGCAGGAGACCAUAACCAGAGGCAAAUAUGGGGAGAAGCAAGAAAAGUUUUCAUAUGCAACAACACUUGUGUUCGUCCAGUGCAUCAUUAAUGCAAUCUUUGCUAAACUAAUUAUCUAUGUCUUUGAAAAGCCUUCACCUGAAAGAACACCAUACUGGUUAUAUGCAGCUUGUUCGAUGUCUUAUUUAGGAGCCAUGGUGUCUAGUAAUUCUGCACUUCAAUAUGUCAGCUACCCAACACAGGUUCUGGGAAAAUCAUGUAAACCUAUUCCAGUGAUGAUAUUGGGCGUCACUAUUGGAAAGAAAAGGUAUCCGUUGGCAAAGUACCUGUGUGUGCUGCUCAUUGUUAUUGGUGUGGCAUUAUUUAUGUACAAACCCCAAAAGGGGACUGGAGAAACAGAGCACCACUCCAUUGGGUUUGGGGAAUUCUUACUUUUGCUGUCUUUGACGCUGGAUGGAUUAACUGGAGUAUCACAAGAUAAUAUGAGAGCAAACUUCCAGACUGGUGCAAACAGGAUGAUGCUGAAUGUAAACCUUUGGUCCAGUUUAUUUUUGGGAAUAGGUGUUUUAUGUACAGGAGAAAUAUGGGAGUUUCUGAGUUUCACUGAACGCCAUUCCAGUGUCAUCUACAACAUAUUUCUAUUCAGUUUAACUAGUGCCCUAGGCCAGAGUUUUAUCUUCAUGACUGUGGUUUAUUUUGGACCUUUGACAUGUUCAAUCAUCACUACAACUAGAAAGUUCUUCACUAUCCUCGGUUCCGUGCUGAUUUUUGGAAAUCCAAUCAGCUUCUUGCAGUGGAUAGGCACUGUCCUCGUAUUUCUAGGCCUUGGAUUUGAUGCCAAAUUUGGAAAGGGGGCCAAAACAAAAUGACGAUUUAAACAUCACGGAAUGGAGCAAUUUAUCAAUGUGGAGAGGAGACUUGCAUUACAAGAAUGCCAGGAUUUUUUCCUAAACCUUUACUCAAUGAGCGGGUUGAUUGCUGCAACUUUGAAUGUUUGUUUUAAUUUCGAUUCUUUUACAUUUUAAAGGGAAAAUUUCAAGGUUUCUGCUGCAAUGUGAGUAUUGUUAAGUUUUGCCCCCAAUACUUUGUACAAAACUUUGUUCCUUUCUUAUCCUGGACAUGCUCCCAUAUCAGAUCUAACCUGGAAGUGCUAUUCAUUGAAAUCCUAAAAUUUAUUAUGGCCAUUUGAAAUUUGUACUGUAAUAACAGUUGCACAAAAAAAUAUUCUAAAAGAUGAACAAGUCCGAUUUAUUUCAUAUAAGCAUUUAUUCUAAUCUGAUUUAAUUUUGUCUACGACAGAGAUUUUAUAUAAUUUAUAGCCAUGUUUUCUAUAUCAAUGUUUUCUAUCACUUAAUAAAAUUCCAGGAGCCCUGUUAGUGUUUUAAAAUUUAAUUGCAAGUGGUUUGUACAGCUUCUGAUGGAUAUGGAGCACUCUCCCACACAAGCUUAGCUACAUUGCCCCAAUUUGUCAGCCAUUUGGGACUAUUUUAUCUUGUAUUACCUCAAUGCCAGGCUUGCGUUCCAAGCAUCUGAGUUGUUUCAAUUUCUAUGAAUCACAAACACUUUAUAUACAAUGUAUUCUGGAUAAUGUUUUCAAGAAGUGAGGCUUCACUGAUCACUCAGUUGGUUAGACCAGUCCUUAGUGUGAAACUGACUCAAUUGUCCCAGAUUUGGUUUCUGCUUUCUUCUGAGUUAGUUGAUCUCAUUGGGGCAGUAAUGAGGGAUGUUGACAAGUGGCUUUCAUUAUCGUAGAUUAGAGCGAGACUUAAACCUAACUAUCCAGUAACCAUUGCUGGAAACUGCACACCUUAAAGGCAUUGAAUGAGAAAGGCAGAAUUGGGCUUACCUCUGGUUUUCUCUUCUCUCCGUUCACUCUCUCCUGGCCACACACCGUUAAGUUCGUCUGUCAGCACUUGGUAUGUAGGGUUUCCACACAAGAAAUGGUCAGGUACCAGAUGACAGCAGAUAUCCACGCAACUAAAGAAUGGUGGAGUAUCUAUGCAGGGGAAAUGACAAAGAGCAUUCAUUUAAAAAAAAUGUAAGCACUUUGUCAUAAUAAAAAUAUAUUUCAUCACAGUGCUGUCUAUAGUCUCUUGUGUGUUCAGUUCCUUGUUUGCAUGUCCUAUUUAAUGCUUACAAUGCCAUUCUGUUAUGAAAAUUAGUGUGCCUAAGAAAAGCAAUAUUUACCACCAUCUUCCAUCUAGCGUUAUUUAUAGUUAGUACAAAAUAGCUUCUAGUAACUAAUGAAGGAAGAAAAUUGACAAGAGAUGGGUUAUGAUAGUCCCAUCCACAUUACUUUUUAUUCUGAACUUUCCCAUUUUGAUGAGCCAUCUGUUUUUUUACCUGUUGUCUUACGGUUCACAGUCCGAAUGGUAUGAGUUGUGGAAAUUUUCCAACAACUCAGUUGGCAUCUCAUUUCAAAAUCAGACUUUAGAAAAAUAUUUUUUCAGUAUACAUUGUACAUUAUUCCAGUUUAAAGCAUCAAAAUACCUAUCGCUAAAGACUAAAUAAUUUGAGUAAAGUCCAGUUAUUGAAUCGGUCUUCAGAAAAAAACGAUUGCUCCAUGAUGUCUUAAGGAGCAAGAGAUUCCAGCUUGUAAGUAGCUCACUUUAUUUGGUGCUGUUCAGUAUACCAAAUUUAAUUUGGAGCUAUUCGUGACCUGGUCACAAUCAACUCUACUCUGAAUUUUUAAACUGUUCCUAUAUUGCAGCGUUGUCCACAUUUACAUCGAUCAUUUGUCUCCUAUACUUUCUUCUACAAUAAAUGGGUUUACUGAUUUUUGUCUCA